GGCUAACGCAGCAGAUGCUAGCGCAUCGAAAGUAGGGGACGAGAACGAGAUCGAGAACAAAGCCAAGGCUUCUCCGACUCCAAAAGAACAAGAAGUAAAGGGAGAGGACUCAGGCAUAAACGACAACCAGGCCAACGCCCCUGGUGUCGGUGAAACACAAGAAGAGAGACAAGCACGAGUUCCAGCAGUUGACCUUGUUUUUCCAUCCGAUCAAAGUGGCGGCUCUUUUUCCUCCGCUGCAGUUUUGCCGGACCUAAAGAACCAAUUUGGAGGCUCUAAAACUACGCUAUCGCUAGGCCAGCCGCGGUGUUACUUUACCACAGAUCGGGUGGUGCUCGAUGGCAAUGAAGUACUCGAUCAGAUGUGGCAACGAUUUCGCCGCUUUCGAGGUCUCACUGACUGGGCUGCAGGAGAAGCAUGGCGUAGCUCGAUGUCUCAUUUUUUCGAACAUCAGGUGCACGUGUUGAAACUUGCUACAGGAGUAAUCGAAGGUGUUGAGCGACUGCACAAUAUCCAGUGGACGCAGAAAGAUUUGGAAGUAUUGUUCGGCGGAGAGCGGUAGCGCUCUUUUUUCUGGUUAUUCUUAUUUUCUGUUUACGUGUACUGCGCCCAACGAAUACACUCAUCAUUUUGUUUAAAUAUGUCUAGUAGUGAUUUAUGCGCCCCGCCCAUGUUUUCAGGUUCAUUCCUCCGCUGCCACUUCGAGGUAUGCAGCACCGUCGGCUCGAUAAGCUUGAAAACUUCGUGUGGACAAAUCAAAAGCCAACCCUGAGUUCCCCUUCACAAGCCCACAAUAUAGCCGGACAAGUCGGACUCGAUGAUGUCAAGAUAACAGGCUUUGAGAACGCUCAAGUGAUAGGGACACGGAUUCGUGGAAUGCGGCACGCUUACGGCGAAUUCCUCAGGAAGUCCCUGGAGGAGGAGGGGAUCUCAUCAUCUUCGGAUCAAUCUCUACCUCCAACUUCGGAAGAUGAAGACGCGGGUACUACACCAAGCCAUCAAGACGAGGGCACCACACGAGAGGGUGAUGGGCUAGACGAAGACCAACCCAAGGAACCAGUAGCGCAACACGUUCCAAUUCGGCACCAUCGCGGAGCAGGUCCCGAAACCUACCACGACGGAAUUGCGUCAGCGCAGGAGGACUACCACACCUUGAGCGGAAGUCUAUUACGGGUUGGCUGCCUGAUCCGGAAUGAUGGAGAGAGCACAACAAUCCGCACCGACGAUCCUCUAGGUGUAGAUAAGCGCAAACGUUUUGCGGGAAGGUUUACGUUUGGGCGAGCCUUAGGGAAAGAACACGGGUACGGAACAGAGAUUAAUGCUGAAGCUGCCAACUUGGAAGAUGGAGGACGAGCAGAUGGAUCCUCGGGAAUUCCUAACUUUUUCGGGUCUUUACAAAACACGGCGACGGGAGCUGUUAGCAACAGUCACAAGAACGCAGAGACGAUGGCUCGUGCCUUGCUGCAACAAGGACAAGAGAAAGUUGCUAAGGCAGUACCUGAACCCAUUUCAGAUGUCGCGGCGUCACAAAGCCUUCUCGGGUUCCUUAAGACCUUGGCGAUGCAGAAAGAGGUUGGAGCUAAGGCUGCUACGGGAAAUGCUCCGGAAACAAACUUAAACGGGGAGGAUUUACUCACUGAACAAUCAAAAGAAGGACUUUCGGAGAAAAUUCCAGCAUGGGACGAGCUCUUCUAUUCCGCAGAUAAGAAAACGCGACUACAACGGUUAGAACUGCAGGACUUGGGUCCUCCACCAGUCACAGGGGCUGAAAGCAACAGUGCUGAAAAGAGUUUUGCGGAGCAUCCUUCCGUGUUUCUCUGUCCCCAAGCCGCUGAGGAUCAUGAGGUGAGCAGCUUCUUUCGAAAAUCCGCCACACGUGUUCCAUUACUCGAAGGAUUUGUCAAUUUACUGGCAUCCAUGCGUCGCACAUCGCAUGUCCAAGCAUCUAAAGCGCGCUUUUCAAUGCCUCCACCGCCAAUACGAGUGAAGCGUUGCGUAAAGGACUUGUUGGAUCAGAGUCAAACAGCCCUUCGUCUCUUGCGUGCAGAGCAAAUUCUGGGUGUCCGGGACGACCCGACGCGUCUACAGGCAUUUCUGAUUAAACACCCAAGAAAGUCGACAAUACCUGCUGGUUUGGCGGUGCCCAUGAGUUGCCGUGUUGGCGGUAUGGAAGAUGCACUAGGACCGUUGCCUCCAUUGCGGUCGUCAGCGCUUUACAGGGGUGCGGAGCAGGCGGCUGCAAAUGCAUCCGUUGGGGUUGGAAAAGAAGAACAACCUUUUAAAGACGAUAUAUCUGCCACGACAAGUGGGCAAGACUCAUCAACAACGGCAUCUCCUGCGCCUGUAGUAAAUGAUGGAGAAGCGAUUCCCCAAGAUGGAAGUGGAGCAGACGGCGCAGAGGAGCCGCAGUUGGCGGUCUUUCGUACCUAUCGUGACUACAUGCGAUGGUACACAGAAAGCUCGAAACCGAUUGGCGGUGGUGGUGCUGCGCGAGCGUUAAUUGCUGACGCUGUCACUGCGCUGGCAUGAAUGCAGGCAUGCGGUUUUCAUAUCAUUGCUCAUGGAUGUUUUCAUAUUUCUCAAGAAACCUACAGAGACUUCAACUGCAUCUGCUGC